AAGUUUAUUUUGUGUCUGAAUGUUAUUUUAAUUCAGUAUCAGUUGUGGAGAUCAGAUUGAUCAGAUUCACCUCUGCAGCUCCAUCAUGGAUCAAACACAAACAUCUCCAGGAUGCAGUUCAGAUCAUCAGAAGAGAUCAGAUUCAGAGUUCAGUUGUGUGUCUAUGAAGAGUGACGUGUCUAUGAAUCCACCAAUAGAGUUUAAGAGUGAAGAUACACGGUCUGAUAGAAGUUCAGAUCAUCAGAAGAGAUCAGAUUCAGAGUUCAGUUGUGUGUCUAUGAAGAGUGAUCGGUCUAUGCCUGAGCCAAUAACAUUUAAGAGUGAAGAAACACAGCCUGCACACAGACGAAUCAUAACAGAACCCGACUGUAAGGGGAGGAAGAUUGAGCAAUUUGGGAAUCAACUACAAGACUUCAAUAAAAACAUGAGUCCUCAUUUCAGUCAUGAGUCUAAUCUUACUGAAGUCCUGAACACAUUCAGAUCAAAUCUGAGGAAGAAGUUUGAGUGUUUGUAUGAGGUUACAUCAAAUAAGAGAAACCCAACACUACUGAAUGAGAUCUACACAGAGCUCUACAUCACAGAGAGUGAAAGUGGAGAGAUCAGUAAUGAACAUGAGGUGAGACAGAUUGAGACACAAUCCAGAAGAACAACAACAGAGGAGACACCAAUCAAAUGUAAUGACAUCUUUAAACCUUUACCUGAACAAGACAAACACAUCAGAAGUGUGCUGACAAAGGGAGUCGCUGGCAUUGGAAAAACAGUCUCUGUACAGAAGUUCAUUCUGGACUGGGCUGAAGAGAAAGAGAAUCAGGACGUCCACCUCAUAUUUCCACUUCCUUUCAGAGAGAUCAAUUUGAUGAAGGACAAAACACUCAGUCUUUUAGAUCUUCUUCAUCUUUUCUUCCCACAAACAAAAGAAAUGGAAAUCUUCAGUGAUAAAAAAAAUAAAGUAUUGUUCAUCUUUGAUGGUUUGGAUGAGUGUCGUCUGUCUCUGGAUUUUAAAAGCAAAGUGAAGUUGUGUGAUGUAAGUGAAUCAACCUCAGUGGACGUGAUGCUGACAAACCUCAUCAAGGGGAAUCUGUUUCCCUCUGCUCUCAUCUGGAUCACCUCCAGACCAGCAGCAGCUGAUCUCAUCCCCUCUGAGUGUGUUGAUCGAGUCACAGAGGUACGAGGAUUCACUGAUCCACAGAAGGAGGAAUACUUCAGGAAGAGAAUCAGUGAUGAGAGGCUGGCCAGGAGAAUCAUCUCACACCUGAAGUCAUCCAGGAGUCUCUACAUCAUGUGUCACAUCCCAGUCUUCUGCUGGAUUUCAGUCACUGUUCUAGAGAGAAUGUUGAGUGAAGCAGAGAGAAGAGAGAUCCCCAAGACUCUCACUGAAAUGUACACACACUUCCUGAUCAUUCAGACAAACAUCAAACAUCAGAAGGACUAUGAGAAGAAAGAUGAAGAGAUGAUCUUCAAACUGGGGAAACUGGCUUUUGAGCAGCUUGUGAAAGGCAAUCUGAUCUUCUAUGAUGAAGACCUGAGAGAGUGUGACAUUGAUGUAGCAGAAGCAUCAGUGUACUCAGGAUUGUGUACUCAGAUCUUCAGAGAGGAGUUUGGUUUGUAUCAGGGGAAAGUUUACUGCUUUGUUCAUCUCAGCAUCCAGGAAUAUCUAGCAGCUCUUUAUGCUCACAUCUCCUUAACAAACAACAACAGACAUGUGUUUGAUCAAAGUACUAAACCAGGUCAUUUUUCAGAAUUUCCGCACAAAUUGAAAUGGUUAUCAUCAGAACAGGAUUCGUUAUCUGAGUUACAUCAGCGAGCUGUAAAUGAAUCUUUACAGAGUAAGAAUGGACAUCUGGAUCUUUUCCUGCGUUUUCUUCUGGGUCUUUCACUGGAGUCCAAUCAGAUUCUCUUACAGGAUCUACUGACACAGAUGAGAAGAUGCUCCUACAAGAAAGAGAAAACUGUUGAGUACAUUAAACAGAAGAUGAAUGAGAAUCUGUCUCCAGAGAAAUCCAUCAAUCUGAUUCACUGUCUGAAUGAACUGGGUGAUGAUUCACUGCUGCAGGAGAUUCAACGUUAUGUGAGAUCUUCAUCAGUAGGAAAGACCAAACUCUCCUCUUCACAGUGGGCAGCUUUAGUUUUUGUGUUGUUGAUGUCUGAGCAGCAUUUGGAUGAACUUGAUCUAAAUAAAUUUAUUGGAGAUAAAAAUACAGCAGAUGAAGUUCUUGUGAGACUGCAGCUUGUGAUUAAAGAAACAAAAAAACUCAAGUUGUGGAGUUGUGAUAUCACAGAUGAAGGUUGUGUUGCUCUGACUUCAGCUCUGAGAUCAAACCCAUCACACCUGAGAGAUCUGGAUCUGUCUUAUAAUAAACUCACAGAUUCAGGAGUGAAGCUGAUCUCUGAUGUACUGAAGAAUCCUGACUGUAAACUGAAGAAACUGAAGUUGUGGAGGUGUGAUAUCACAGAUGAAGGUUGUGUUGCUCUGACUUCAGCUCUGAGAUCAAACCCAUCACACCUGAGAGAACUGGAUCUGUCUGACAAUAAACUCACAGAUUCAGGAGUGAAGCUGAUCUCUGAUCUAAAAGAUGAUCCACAUUAUAAACUAAAGACAGUACGGGCUUUUCCACAGUUUACAUUUAAUUUUAAGAUGUAAAGAUGUCUGAUCUUCAGUAUGAUCUGAUGGUGAAUAACACGACACAAUAGUGACAUCACUUCCUCUUAACCGUAUGAGUUGAUUAUUCAGUACAGGAUCUGAUCUGUGACUUUAUCUAAAUCUGACUUUGAAGUGUUGGAGGUAAAUCCUCAUCCUAACUCAGCUUCUGUCUACACAUUUCCUAUAAGAGCGAAGAGGUCUUUCCAGAUGUGAAAGCUGCUCAUUUAGACGCUAAUCCUCCUCCAUACCAACAGAGAUGAAGGCUUUUGAUGUGAGCACUGAUAACAAUACAGAUGAUCUCUCUCCUCUUUAGUUUCCAAACUUUGAUUUGUCUGAUCACAGAACAGUUUUGUCUCAGUCCAUUUGAAAUCAGACAGAAGAGCAUUUCUGGAUCUUGUUUUCAUUGGGCUUCUUCUUUGCAUGAUAAAGCUUUAAGCAGCAUUUGUGGAUGAUAAAGUGAAUUGUGUUAACAGACAGUGAUUUCUGGAGGUGUUUCUGAUCUCAUGCAGUGAUUUUCAGGACUGAAUCAGGUCUGUGUUUCAUUCAGUGAGGACAUCACAGACAUCUAAUAUUGAUUUUACUCCCUCACACACAGAGAUUGUUUGAAUAUUUUGAUGAUAUUAUUAGUAGAUCAGUGUCCUCCCUUCAUAAUGUUUUAAAACACCUGAUUCAACUCAUCAGACUCCUUCCAGAAUGAUUGAAAUGUCUCCAUAAUGAAAACAUCAACAAGAUGAUGAGUUCAAUCUGCUGUUUUAUCUCCUUUCUACUCUGUUGUAUUUGUCUUUUGUAUUUGUUAAGAUAAUAAAAGUUUAUUUUGUAUCUACUGUA